CUCUGGACGCGUAGAGAGAGGGAGUAGAGGAUGGACCCGACGGUUGUGACGGUUGCCACAUGUGCCCUCAAUCAGUUUGCGCUGGACUUUACCGGCAACCGUGACCGGAUUCUGGCGGCUGUGGCCGAGGCCAAGGCAGCAGGUGCUUCGUACCUCAUUACACCCGAGCUGUGCAUUCCAGGGUAUGGGUGUGAGGAUCACUUUCUGGAGAAGGAUACGUUCUUCCACUCGGUGGAGGUGCUUGCCGAGCUGAUCACGUCGGGUGCGUCCGAGGGGAUGCUGCUGGACGUGGGCAUGCCAUAUGUCUUCCGAUCUGUGCUGUACAAUGUGCGAGUGUUUGUUCUCGACGGGCGUAUUGUGCUUGUUCGGCCUAAGAUGCAUCUAGCCAACGACGGCAACUACCGGGAGGAGCGGUGGUUCACGGCGUGGUCGCGGCCGCGGACCACCAUCGAGGUCGCACUCCCGCGGGUUCUGCGUGAGGUAACGGGGCAGGCCGAAGCGCCGUUUGGCGACGGCGUGCUGCGGUUUGCCGAUGCCACGCUCGGGUCGGAGACGUGCGAGGAGCUUUUCACGCCGGCAGCGCCGCACAUCAGCAUGGCGCUCGACGGGGUGGACAUCUUUGGCAACGGCUCGGGCUCGCACCACGAGCUCCGCAAGCUCUCGCGGCGGAUCGACCUCAUAGGCAACGCGACGCGCAAGUGCGGCGGCAUCUACCUGUACGCCAACCAAAAGGGCUGCGACGGCGGGCGGUGCUACUACGACGGGUGCGCCAUGAUCUUCUGCAAUGGCAAGCUGGUGGCCCAGGGCGACCAGUUCUCGCUCCGCGACGUCGACGUGGUGACGGCGACGGUGGACCUCGACGCUGUGCGCUCGUUCAGGGCUGGUGUGGCGUCGGCGUCCAAGCAAGCAGCGGACGCGCCGAUGUACCCGUCGGCCUCGGCGGAUGCGGUGAGCUCGGUCUUUCUCUCUUCGACCUUUGCUCGGAGGCGGGCGCUGACCGAGGCGCUGGGCAAGCCGCGGAUUCCGCUGCCGCAGGAAGAGAUUGCGUACGGGCCGGCGGCCUGGCUGUGGGACUACCUCCGGCGGUCGGGCCUCUCAGGCUACUUUGUGCCGCUCUCGGGUGGCAUUGACUCGUCGGCGACGGCGACGAUUGUCGGCUCGAUGUGCCACAUGGUGUACGAUGCGGUGAUGAGCGAGGACGGGCCGGACGCGCAGGUCCUUGCCGACUUGCGGCGGAUGGUCCGGGUGCCCGAGUCGGAGCCGGAUUGGCGUCCUGAGUCGCCGGCGGCCAUUGCGGACGCCAUCUUUGUCACGUGUUACAUGGGUACGUCUAACUCGUCGGCCGAGACGCGGGCGCGGGCGGCCGCGCUCGCGGAGCAAGUUGGCUCGUACCACCUCGACAUCAACAUCGACGAGGUUGUGUCUGCCUUUGAGAGUCUCUUCGCCAAGACCACUUCGUUCACACCCAAGUUCAAGGUCCACGGCGGGUCGUGGGCUGAGAACCUGGCACUGCAGAACAUCCAGGCGCGGUCGCGGAUGGUCAUCGCCUACCUGUUUGGCCAGCUCAUCCCCACCGUCCGCGGACCUGGCGGCGGGCUCCUCGUCCUCGGCUCGGCCAACGUCGAUGAGGCCAUCCGCGGGUACUACACCAAGUACGACUGCUCGGCAGCAGACGUCAACCCGAUCGGCGCCAUCUGCAAGGCCGACCUGCGGCUGUUCAUGACCUGGGCUACCGAACGGUUCGGCUACUCGUCGCUCGCCGACAUCAUCGCGGCGCCGCCGACAGCCGAGCUCGAGCCCAUCACCGCCGACUACACCCAGACCGACGAGGCCGACAUGGGCAUGACCUAUGCCGAGCUGACCGAGUACGGUCGCCUCCGCAAGAUCGGCAAGGCCGGCCCGGUCUCCAUGUUUGAGGCCCUCGUCCGCAAGUGGCCACACCUGUCCCCGGCUGCCGUCGCCGACAAGGUCAAGUUUUUCUUCAAGAUGUACGGCCGCAACCGCCACAAGAUGACCACCCUCACCCCGGCCUAUCACGCUGAGUCGUACUCACCUGAUGACAACCGCCACGAUCUCCGCCAGUUCCUCUACCCGGACUGGUCGUACCAGUUUGCCCGCAUCGACGCCCUAGUCGCCGCCAUGGGUGACGACGCUUAGCUCUCUCGCCCCGCUCGUUUCCCCGCCAAUGACCAUUGGGUGGAUCAGAGAGUUCAUUACAUGCAAGGCCCCAAACCCAA